AUGAGGAUUCGACCUAUCAGGAGGGAACCUAAGAUCGAUAUGUCCGCUACUUUCAAAUCCAUCCGAUCCGUUCAACCCCUCCUUGACAGGGUGCUCGUCCAGAGAUUCAAAGCGGAGACCAAAACUUCAUCUGGUCUCUUUCUCCCAUCUUCCGCUACUCAAUCCCCUCUUCCUGAAGCUACAGUCAUCGCAGUAGGACCAGGAUCACCAGACAAAUCUGGAGUCGUUCAACCCGUCAGCGUGUCAGUCGGAGAUAGAGUCUUGUUGCCCGGUUGGGGUGGAAACCCGAUCAAAGUGGGAGAAGAGGAGUACCACCUUUUCAAAGAUGCCGAGAUUCUAGCCAAGAUCAACGAGUAG